CAGACAUUGACAGCUUGUUGAGAAGGUCUGCUCGCCACUCUGAGAACAUUCUGGGUUAGUUUGUCAGGAUGACUUCCUGUGUGUUGUCCCUCUACUUCCUGCUCUCCCUGUGUUCCUCCAUCUCUGCCGACGGUCCCACCGGACUCAAAGUGAGAAUCACCGACAGAGCACCGGAUGUUUUGAAGUCUUUCGGUCAGGCGUAUUUGAAGGAGCUGAUUGGCAAACCUUUCCCAGAUUUUCAGUUUAAGGGCAUGAAAAUGGCAAAGUGCAAGAUUAAAGGGUUGACAGUGAAUCAUCUGGAUGUGGACCGUGAUAAGGUUGUUGUCAGGUUCCAGCAGGAUUCAGGUCUUCAGUUUGAGUUCAGGGACCUGAACUUUACUGCAGAACUUCAACGAGAAAUCAAUGUGCGGGGAAAGAUUGUCGACGAAGGGACGGUUAAUGUUACAGGAAAAGGUGUGAGGGCCACCAUUGGAGUGAGACUGAACCAAAACCAAGGACGUCUGAGUCUCAAGAUACAGAACUGUGAUGUCCAUGCUGACAAGAUCGCCAUGAAGUUCCACCAAGGACUCGGGCCUGUGCUGAACCGAUUCAAAAAAGAGUUCCAGCAUUUAUUUAAGACCAAGGUCUGUCCUGCUAUUAAGAGACAUGCUGUCCCUAAAGUGAACUCCAUGUUGGCGAACGUCACCAUGGCAAUGAGUUUGAGCGAAGACCUUGGUAUGAACCUGGACUACUCUCUGAGCGGAGAGGUCACGGUGACGCCAAGCAGCCUCGACGUGCCGUUCACAGGUGUGGUGUACCACGGUGACAUAAGGCCUGCUUUACCAGCAGCAGGCGUACAGCCGGUGUUCACAGAAAGUAACCUGAUGGCUUAUGUGGGCAUCUCUGAGGACCUGUUUAAAAGCGCCGCCCAGGCUCUCUACAGCCACGGGCCUUUACAACUGGACGUUCCACAGAUUGGUACUAUACCAAAUUAUGUUCUACACACUUGGGGAUUACCUGAGGGUCGUGUUGAAGUUGAGCUAACUGAGGUGCCAGACAUCACCAUCAGUCAGGAUGGACUCUCUGUCUACGUGAAGGCCAUCGCCCAAUCUUUAGUUAACCCAGAUCUUCCGCAUCUUCCCAUGACGUGUCAGGUUCUUAUAAAUGUCGAUAUGGAAGGAUGCCGUCUGAUUCUUCAGGCUCUAAGCUCCAAGUGUAAAAUUGAACCUAAAACGAUAUGGGGAAGAUUUUUGGCGACAUUUGUUGACACAUCAUCAAAGAUUUCAUCAUUCAUUGAGGAAUGGUUUGACGAAGGAGUCCUGAUCCCUCUGCCUGACAGACUGGACUUCACUCAGAUGAAGAUCAAUUAUUAUCCAGGCUUCAUGGUGGUCGGGGGGGACCUGACCUAUACUGUGCAGAGGGCUGUUCUGAGGUCCAUCCAUCCAUCUCCAACCAUAGCUAUAGAUCCAGGCUCCAGCAGGAAAUUCCAAUCGUUCCUUUUCCUAAUCCUGUUGAUUUUAUAUAUUUGGUUUUGUAAACGUUGUUUUUAGGGCAGGGAGUUCCUCCGUUCUUUUUCUUCCUAAGAAAUCCCUGUUGCCAUGCAGGAAAAAUCCUCAAGAUUUGGAAAAAAAAAACUUAAUCAGUCCAAACUGUGUGCUAAUAG